AAAUUUUACAUCUUACCGACAGAUAGACAUAGACUAACCAGACUUCAUUCACAAAGAAAGUUCGUCUUCCUCUCUACUUGUCGUUGCUUGUCAGUUGUCAUUAGGAAAACCUUGUACAAUAAAAUCCGACGGUCCAAAAUUCAUCUUAAUCGCCCAAUACAUAAUUUCAUCACCCAAUACAUAUUUUCUCCGAAUUCUUAUACAAUUCAUAUUACUAUUUUUUCCGGUCUUCUCAAAUUAUAUUAGUUGACCCUCCUCAGAUCUAGGCCUAAUUUCUCCAAAUUCUCUCUUUUUCACAAAACCCAUCAUCCAAAUUUCACGGUUGUGAGGAUAUUUUUCUCUUCGAUCUACCAAUCUGUAAGUUUGAAUACUUCAAAGUUCUAAUCUUUUUAUUUGAUUCAUUCAAUUUAUAUUAUAAAGUUUUCAUUAUCAUUGUUGAUUAUUGUUAAUACUAUAGACAAUGGAUAGUAGUGGGUAUUUAGCUGUUCCUAGAGAAAAAUCUGUGGAAUUACAAUUGCAAAACAAUGAUUCAUCAUCUCUUAUACCAGUUUCUAGUAAUGGGUAUACAAAACCAACCAAUUUGAUUGAUCCAUAUGAUGGUAAUAUUGACAUUGAUGAUUCUGAAUUUGAUAAUUUUUCAAAUUAUCCCCUAAUUGUCGGUGGGAUUGGUAAAGGGUCAGGGGUUCCUGGUGCAGUUUUUAAUCUUACUACUUCGAUUAUUGGUGCUGGAAUUAUGGCUUUGCCGGCUGCAAUGGGAGUUUUAGGGUUGGGUUUAGGGAUGGUUUUGAUAGUUGUUAUCGGGGUUUUGUCCGAGAUGAGUGUCGAAUUGCUGGUGAGAUUCGCGGUGCAUUGUAAAGCAAUGUCGUAUGGAGAAGUUGUUCAGUUUGCCCUAGGCCGUCCUGCAAGGAUUUUGUCUGAGAUUUGUAUCAUUAUAAACAAUGCAGGGGUUUUGGUAGUUUAUCUGAUUAUUAUUGGGGAUGUGAUGUCGGGUUCUUAUCAUCAUGUAGGGGUUUUUGAUCAGAUGAUGGGUAAUGGGGUAUGGGAUCAGAGGAAGCUUGUGAUAUUGGUGGUUUUGGUCAUCUUUUUAGCACCGUUGUGUGCAUUGGAGAAAAUCGAUUCCUUGAGCUUAACUUCAGCUGCUUCAGUUGCUCUUGCGGUGGUGUUUGUUGUUGUCACGUGUUCCAUUGCACUUGUCAAGGCUGUUGAAGGGAAGAUUGAUCCUCCUCGAAUGACACCGGAUUUUAGUUCUAAAAAGGCGAUUUUGAAUCUGCUUGUGGUGAUCCCGGUGAUGACAAAUGCAUAUGUUUGCCACUUCAAUGUUCAGCCUAUUUAUAAUGAACUUGAUGGACGUUCUCCUCAAAAGAUGAAUCGUGUAGUACGAAUCACAACACUUGUCACUGUACUGGUUUAUGGUUUUACUGCCUUUUCUGGAUAUUUGCUUUUCGGGAAGAACACCGAAUCUGAUAUUCUCACCAAUUUUGAUACAGAUCUUGGAGUUCCCUACAGUGCUGCCCUGAAUUAUAUCAUUAGGAUAGGAUACAUUCUUCACCUUGUUCUUGUUUUCCCAGUUAUUCAUUUCUCACUACGGGAGGCAGUUAAUGCCUUGUUUUUUAGUGAUUCAUCCCUUUCAGAGAGUAGGAAAAGGCUUUACAUACUAACUACGGUGUUGUUGGCCUUGCUUUAUCUUGGUUCAACAAUGAUUCCGAGCAUUUGGACUGCUUUCAAGUUCACAGGGGCGACAACAGCAGUAUCGUUAGGUUUUAUUUUUCCAUGUCUUAUUGCAUUACGGCUGGAUGGGAAAGGACAAAGUUUAACCAGUGGAGAGAAGUUUUUCUCAUGGACCAUGUUGGUAGUGGCUGCAAUGGUUGGUAUAAUUGGAGUGAUUGGCAAUGUUUACGGGCUCCAAGACCAUUCUUAAAGAUCUUUUAAAUAUUAGGCUUCUUUUAGUUGAUAUUCUUUGGGAUGAUGAGGAGACUUAUACAGGUUAAAUCACAGAUCUACUUCUGCUGUGGAAAUUUGAGGAACCCCUGGAACUGGGGAAUGUACUACUAAUCAUUGAGUUUGUCCAGAUGUAAAUUGUUCUUUAUGGGCCAUAACCAUUGUUUUCCCAUUAUUGCAUUAUGGUUGUGGAUCCAAGGAUAAGUUUUGCUCGAUAUUUGAGGUUGUGAUCGAUUGUAUGAAAUCGGUUUGAUGGCUUGACAUGGAAGUGGAGACUCUUAACUCUCAAGAGAAUUGCUACAUCUGCUUCAUCAACGUACGCGCGUGUUCUUAGCACCAGUUUGCUUGUUAUCCCUCAAACUCCAUUUUGUGUAAUAUGUCUAGCCUCAAGUAUUCGUUCAUUCAUUCUUAACAGGUCAUUGAUGUGCCCCAAAUGCAUUAUCUGUAUCUCUUGCCUGAUUUUUGCGUGGGAAACUGCGGAAUAAAUGUUAUAAUGAUAUUCUUUCCAGAUGCAGAAUCUGAUCAGUCUGUUACUUUAAUAGCAAGAUUUGGAAUAUACGUUUAGCUUUGCAUCAA